UUGACUGUAGCAAUAUCUGGCGAGGGGAUGCGCAGAUACCUCAGUCGGACGGCGGUCCUGCUAGCGAGUGGACACGACACGCUGCUUGUGGAGUACACCAGCACUCCAGGGUACUUUCAACGUGGACGUGGUCGUGCUCGUGGCCGUGGGCGUGGGCGUGGUGCGCACACUGGUGGUGAAGGGGCGCAUGCGCACACUGGUGGUGAAGGGGCGCAUGCGCACACUGGUGGUGAAGGGGCGCAUGCGCACACUGGUGGUGAAGGGGCGCAUGCGCACACUGGUGGUGCGCGGACGCGUGGUGGGCCCACUAGCGGUGCUGGCCACACCGAAAGGCCUUCUGCUGUUGAUCCAGUUUACUGUGGCAUGGUGGGGGAGUUGCCGGUGGGGAGGCCUCUAGAGCGGCCGCUGACUCAGCGGCGACCUCGAGUACUGCCUGCCGCAAGGCGAGGACACGUUGAAGUUGGAGGGAGUGGAACCUCCACACCUAAUCGGACUCCAACGUCCCGAAAGCGAAAUGCAAUUACUUCCUCGUCAUCUUCGUCGCGUCCUCUAAGGGAUAUUGAAAUAUCCAACGCCCUUAAUUAUGGCAGCGACGAGGACUCCGAAGAAGAUGGCGAAGAAGAAAUUGGACUCCAAUCCACCAUAGUCCCCAGGGUGGUACAAAUGUUCGCGGCAUCGGAGGAUGAGGGUGAAGGUGGGGAAGUAGACGCAUUUAUUUCUUUUUCCUGGCCUCCGACAUCCAAUGAUCACCCACCUGUCCCUAACUCUUCCGGUCCCAUUCCUUCCACAUCCCAUGUUCCUGAUUAUUCUGUUCCGCCUUCCUUACCUACCCAUACUCCCUCGUCCCCAUCCUGUCCCAUGUCGGAGCCAGGAAAUAAAUUUGAUUUUAAAUGGAGGGGGUUCCCGCAACCUCAAACUCCUCCUGAGCUGAGGAGGGAACCGUUCUCCCAGAUAAACUGUGGGCCCACGGUUCCAUAUGCGAGCCCAUAUGACGCAUUUACUGCCAUAUGGGAUCGCGAUAUAAUGGAACACAUUGCCAUGGAGACGAAUCGAUAUGCACAACAGCUUGCAACGGUCAUGCUGGUGGACGGUUCGCUCUGUCCGAGCAGCCGCAUCACCAAAUGGAAAGACACCGACGUAAGUGAAUUGCACGUGUAUUUCGCUAUAAUCCUCGCUACCGGGAUUGUGGUGAAAUCACGUCUCGAGGAGUACUGGAACAGCACGCUGGACAUUUUCAGUACCCCCGGGUUCACUGCGGCGAUGACGUAUGACCGCUUCAUGCUGUUGAGCAAAUGUCUCCACUUUCAGGAUAAUGACGGUUGCGAUCCUGAACUGAUGACACGGGCUCAGGCCAAGUUGUUUAAGGUGCAGCCAAUUUUGGAUCACCUUAACAACAAAUUCCAACAAUUAUAUGUUUUGGGUCAAAACGUGUCUGUGGAUGAAAGUCUGACCAUGUGGAAGGGUUGGUUAGAUAUUAACCAAUUCAUCCGCAACAAAGCAGCUACAGUAGGAAUUAAAACAUACGAGGUGUGUGAGUCCCAGACUGGUUACUUGUGGCGCUUUGAAGUCCACGCAGGCCAUGAUACCUCCUCAGACCCACAAGAGGACAGUCCAGUUUCUGGGAAAGUGCCAGCUCUUGUGCUCAGACUUUUAAAUGGUCUUGAGCAUAAGGGCCACACGAUUUGGAUGGAUAAUUUCUACAAUUCUCCCGCGCUUGCGCGAGAAUUGAAAGUUCGGGGGUUUGACUGCGUGGGGACCUUACGAACGAAUCGUCAGUUUGUUCCCAUUGAGCUGACGAAUCUUACGAAAAAAGACAUGGCGAUAGGUCAGGUGAACGGUUGCACUUCGGGGGAUGUGGACCUCAUCGUAUACCGGGACAAAAACCGUGUGGCAUUUGUCUCGACAUACCAUGGGCUAGCAACCGCGAUGUGCGGCGAUACACACAAGCCCACCGUCAUACCAGACUAUAAUGUCUGUAUGGGGGGGGUUGAUCGCAAAGACCAGAUGCUCGCCAUGUACCCCAUUGAAAGAAGGCGGAACAAAAUCUGGUACAAAAAGUUUUUCAGGAAGCUCUUGAAUGCUAGUGUUCUAAAUGCCUACAUACUCCACAAGGCACACCGCUCAAUUUCUCACCGAAAUUUUCGCCAAACUUUGGUGAGGGAAUUGUUGGCAGCACACACACCACCAGCACCUACCCGUGCACUGCCGAACACCUGGCAUUUUCCGGGGCAAUACGAUCUGCUCCCGGGAACAACACGGAACGAGCACCAGAGGCGUAGUUGUUCAGUUUGCAAAAAGCGAACAUCAAGCUUUUGCAAAGCCUGCAACGUGCCCCUGUGUGUGUUUGGUUGCUUUGAGUCAUAUCACACUUCACAGUAA